GCCCUUCCGGGGCGCCCGACGCCCCGGAAGUGUUCGUGUUGCUAAGGGUGGUUAAUGACGCUGCGUGCUGUCUGGAGAGGUGAGGAGAAGCUCUGUGUUGCUCAGGCCUUCUCCUUUUGAAAAGAUGAAAUCUUCGCAAUGCAGUACAAAACUUAGACUUCUGACCAAGAUUAGUGCAUGUUUCUGAAUCCAGGUAAAGUUAGGAAUGUACUGAUUGUGCCUUCUGCAGCUUGAAUUGGAAAGUGAUCAGAGAUGAUUUAGGCUUUUCAGAUCCCCUAGAAUUUUCAUGGAAUCAGGGCUGGCUUUCUGAGGUGCUAUGAUUCUCACCAGUUCAGAGGUAUUGUGAACCUUGGAGGAUCUCUGAUUUGGAGGCUGGAAAUAAUUGACAGGUUUCCGAGGGAAGAGUGACCAUAACAUGAUAUAACUCUUCGUUGGAUGAACAAGGGUCUUAAUUCUAAACAAAGGAUAUUAUGAAGGGAUCAAAACAAAAGAAAGGAUUCCGAGAAUCGAUUGAUGACGUACUAGAUGACCUCUUUGGAGAAGAUGAUGGAUCUCCCAGUAAACCUACCUUACCAACUACAAAGUCAGGGAGCAACCUCAAGACACCUAUCACCACAUCAUCCAGAACCAGCAAAAAGCCACUGCUGGAUGAUGACUUUUUCAGUAAAUUGGCACAGGAUGUCAACAAGGACAAUGAGGAGUCCGAGGUUUCAGAUGCUGAUCCUCAGGCCUUGUUAGACACUAUGAAGGAUAUUGAUGACAUGGAUGCCGAUCUCUUUGGGAAAAGGAAGAAGCUGCAUUCUGUGUCAAAUCAACCCACGGGAAAGACUGCUGGGAUGGAAAGUUCCUCAUUAGAAUCCACCAGAGUUGCGCACAAACCAAAAGCAGCAAAAGGCAAUGUGGCUGGUGAGGAUGAGGAACAUUGCUCUGCUCCUCCAACGUCUAGGCGCCAGUACAAGAAGUUCACAUUUGAUGAUGAGGAGGAUGUUGGUUCAGGAACUACAAAACAAGAUAUAGACGAUCCGUUAGCAGGAAUUUUAACAGAUGAAGAAGAUGAGCCAAAGAAACCAAAGAAAGUGGCGGUAUCUGGACAAAAACAUAGCCCCUUAAAGGUUGGUCUGCAGCCACAGAAAGAGGAGAAAGUGCCCUCCAGUUCUGCUUCUGUUUCAACUGUAACCACAUCAAAGAAGAAGGAUGAAUUGUUCUUCGACGAUGAAGGAGAUGACUUUAUUGAUGCACUUGGAUUUGGUGACAGUCCAAAAAUACACAAGGCAGAGCAAAAACUGGAGGAUGAGACACCACGCCCUGCUCGCUCAAAGAUGGAUGAACUGUUGGGGAGGGGAACAGCUAAGAAACUCCUUGAACGACCUACAACUGGAGAAAGAAAAGAAUUUAAACUAGAUCCAAAAUACAAAAAAACACAAGAAAAAGAAGACUUUUUGGAUGACUUCACCUUUGGUUCCUACCAGCCCACUGUGGCCACCACCCCAGAGGAUCGUCAGUCCAGACGUCAGUCAGUGAGAUUUAGCCCUGAGGGUGAUCGAAACUCCAUUAUUGAUCAGAAAUCCAAAGAGAUCACACCGACACAGACGACCCCAACAUCAGCCCGUGGAAACAAAGGGGCUGCCGAUUGGUUGGGGCUGAAAGAUGAUGUCACUCCAGAUCUAGAUAAUCAAGUGCCAAUCAAAGAUGAGCAGAAAGGAAUGUUCUACAAAGCAAAGUCUGAUUCAAAUCUUCCAGCCAGUCACAACCAGAGCAAGAGGCCUUACUCAGCUGACCGUCCCCCAUCUGCAUCGAAACCAAAUGACAAAGCACUGGUCAGAUCUGCACCAUCCACAUCAAAAACAGACUUCUCUGGUGCAGAAGAAGACGAUUGGCUGAAGGAGGCAUUAGCUCGAAAAAAGUCUCAAACCACAGAAUCCCAUGCCCUGGCAUCAAGUAAUGAAAUUGAUGUGGCGACGGGCUCAUGUAAAAAGAGUGGAUCACCUGGUGCGCAUGAACCAUCCAUAAUUGCCACGGUAAAGGAACCUGCAACUGAGAGUAAUGCUGUGGAAUCUAGGGACACUAGCUCCCCAUUUCCAUGGGAGAACGCACGCAAACAGGCUGCUCCUGCACUUGUGAUCCACACAUUGAAAAGCUUGGGUAAUGUCGAAAUGGCAGAUGUGGUCGCACCUUCACAAGUUCGGAAGGAUGAUCAACUAUCUGCUUUACAGGUAUCCCUCUCCACUGAUCAACUGCAGAAGUUGCUUCAGUUGCAGCUGCUUCAGUCAGUUUCUGGAGGACGAGAUGUUGCCACGGAUCUGCCAAAGGCUGUGGAGCUGGAGAGCAGGCUGACAGCUGUGCAGAAACAGCUGAAGAGCACAGAAACUGAACAACAGACAGUCCUGCAGACUAAUGAGGUCAAAAUCAUUGAGUUGGAGAGUAAGGUGCGAAAACUGGAACUGGAGCGAGAACAACAAAGAGUUCUACUGGAGAGCCUCCAGCAGCAGCACAAUAACGACUUGGAGCUGAUUGAGAAUGCACACAGAAACCGCUUGAAGGUAAUUGAAGAAUCUUAUCAGCAGCGGGAGGCUAGACUCCAAGAAGAGAACCGAAUUCUCUCUGAGCAGUCUGUAGCCCGACAACUGAGCUUGGAUCGGGAGAGAUCAGAGCUGACUGCCCGGUACCAGCGCAAACUCACUGAGUUUGAGGAAGAGAAAGCCAAGGAGAAGGAGCGACUCCGGGAACUACAACGUCAGUCGAUCCUGGAUAUGCGAAAGGAACACGAGGAGCAGCUGCAGUAUGUAAAACAAUUGAAGGAACAAGAGAUCGAUGCGGUGACCAGUGCUUCCUCACAUACAAGGUCACUCAGUAAUAUCAUUGAACAGAUGGCGGUCUUUUCUUCAAAGCUGAAUGACCUGUCCUAUAAAGUGGAAAGCACUCAUCAGAGCACAUCCCAUGAGAUGGAGAUCAACGCAAGGCAACGAGAGGAGCAGCAGCGAGCACAACAGGACAGACUGAUGCGGCAGCAGAGGGACCUGGAGGAGGAGAGAGCUCGCCUACAGGAUGUUAUCACCAAGAUGGAGAUCAGAUUGAACGAACAAACACGACUUCUUGAGAAGGAGCGCUGGCGAGCAACAGCUGAACAAACCAAAGUGGAGUCAGUGCAGAGGUCCCUCGAGGAGGAACGCAGAAUCAUGAACCAGCAUUUCACCAUAGAGAGGGAGGAGCUGGAAAGGGCAAAGAAUUCUUUGCUGGAGGAGCAGCAGUCAGUGAUGCAGCGCUGUGCAGAGGAACGUCGAAGACUGGCAAGUGAGUGGGCAGAGUUUCACACACAACAGAAACUGAACAGUGAGCGGAUAGAGCGAGGUGCCAACCGUUCCCUCCAGCUCAAUGCACAGCAGGAAGGAGCAGUCUUCACUCUGGCAAAAGAACAAGCCGAGCUGAAGGUGAAAGCUGCUGAACUGAAAUCAAAAGGGGAACAGUUAGCUCGAGAACAAGAGAUUCUAAAUCAAGAACGUCAUGAACUGCAAUUGGAAAAGGAGAGAGUCAACGCCAUGGCAAUCCGCAUCAAGCAGAGGGCUGAGGAAGUUGAGGGCAUGAGUAAGCUUGCCUCUCAGAAAUAUGAGGAAGGCGAACAAAAACUUAUGGAGGCGAAACAGGUGGAGUCUGAGCACCAGGCACGGCUGCAUACUAUCCAAAAACAUACAGAGAGACUACAGCAGCAGGAGCAGCAGCUGUACCAGGAGCGACUGAGUAUAGCCCAGCAACGACAAUAUCCGCACAAACUUAUAAUGGGAAUGCCCAUCAGCACAAUAACAUCACAUAUCAGAAAUCCACCAGUGUCCUUUGCCAAUCAGACGUAUCUCGCUCCAGUAAUUAGUAAUGCUCAGCAUGGACUACCUGGGAAUUCUCGAUUGAGUAGCAAAGUUGAAACAACUGGACCUUCAGAAUUGGAGGCCAAACUUGCAAUUUUCAGACAUGCUGCUAAAAAGGACCGUGACUUCCUUGAAGAUGAGCAGUUCUUCCUGGAGACACUAAAGAAAGCUCCAUAUAACAAAACUUCCCAAACAGUAUAAGACCACAGUUUUUAGGGAAUUCUAAAACUACUAUAUAAAUACCUUUGUACAUCAUCAGUAUAUGUAGCG